AUAUAACAAAACACUUCGUGUAAUUGGAUUAGUUGUGUUUUUGUCGUAUGUCAUGCGAGAAAGUUGACUAAAGGUAUAAGCUGUCUGAACAUUAUGUUAUAUUUAUAUAAAACAGAAUUAACCGUUUUAUCGGUUACGCAAUGACAAAAUGUGAACAAUUUUUUAAAUCUUUCGUAACGAUAUUUAUAAAGCUUAUUUGGAGCAAUAGUAUAAUUGUAAGAAUGCCACACUCCAUCAGUAAUAAAGAAGAUAUGGAACCAAAUAUGAGCGACAUAAGUGCAGAUUUUGCUUGUUUAAAAGUAUCUGCUUUAGGAAAAGUUUCGCGUAUAUCCGGUGAAAUCGAUCGGAUUACGAUUGGUCCUAAUUCAGAUUCAACUAAAAAUGAUUUUCAAAAAUUGGAGAAUAUUGAAAAUGAGCAAAAUUCGUGCAAUGUCAAAUCGCCUCAGAAAUCUAUAGAUGAAUGGAACAAUAAGAUUUCAACACAAAGUGGCAUUACGUUUUCAAUAAAAAAGAUAUUACUGGAAGAAGAGUUACAAAGAAGAGAGAAAGUCAGGAAAGAAGUGCAGCGUAAAUGGCAACACAUGGAAGAGAAUGGAACUGCUAUACAGAAACAUAUUUCCCUUUCACGUUCGAAUAUGGCUCAAGAAAGAGAGCGCAAAAGUGCACAAAAAUAUGCCGAUAUAUUAGCCGAGGAGGAACGAAUCGCAGAACAAGAAGAGAUAAGAAGGAAACACGAACAGCAGUUACACGCUCAAAGAGCUCAAGAACAAAAUGAAAAAAUGAAACGUGAUAUGGAAGAGUGUAGAAAGAAAAUGAAAGAAAAGGAAGAAUUGAUAAAAAAGAUAGUACUCCUUAGACACGAAUUUGGAGUCAAAUAUUAUGAUAUUAUUAUUCUUUCAAAAAAUUGCAAAGACAAAAGUACUAUAGCAAGUUUUUUUAUAAUGCAUUCGGUCGCUCUAAAACAAUUGCAUCGACAAAUUGAAUCUUUGGAUGAAAAAAUUAAGAGAGGAGAUUUGGCGCCUGUAGAUCUUUAUACCGCAGAAAUGACGGUACAACAGAUAGAUGAAAUUUUAUGCUCUUUAAGGGCAGAAUUAGAUAGAAUAACUGCCGAGAAGAUAAUUCCUGUAUCGAAUGCAGAUGUACAAAAUACAGAUUUGAUCCAGGAAGAGCCAAACCAAGAAUCCAAACCAGAAGAAGUUGUAACAGUUUACGAAGUUUCAACCACAGAUCAAAUCAAUAAUGAUAAUGUCGACAAAAACGUUGACAACAAUAAAGCUCAAGAAAUUGUUCCAGGAAAUAUUCCAGAAUCUGUUCCAGAAACUGUUCCAGAGUCUGUUCCAGAGAUUGUCCCAGGAACUAUUCCAGAACCUACUACCGAAACUGUUCCAGAACAUACACCGGAAACUGUUCCAGAAACAGUUCAAGCGAUAGAAACAUCCACAAAUCACCAAGUCAGUUCUGAAGAUAUUUCAUCAACAUCGACUGUGCCAUUACAAGAAAUAGAAGAUAAUAUAUAUAAAUAUGUCGAUAAAGAAUCAUUACAAAUAUACAUUCAUAGUCAAGAAAUUUUGGAGAAUUAUGCCAAAAAUUAUAACGAGUUUUCACGAUCGCCCAGUACAAAAAAAUUUAGGUUCGAAUGUCAAAAGGCAAUAAAUAUUCCUGUAAAUGCAAUUUCUGUUAUUAACGAGCAACAUCUUAAAGAUAAAUAUGAAAGAUUGCACAAUCUUCUCAUUGGAAGAUCAUCUCCAAACCUAGGACAACAUCCACAAGGAGCAGCAUUUUGUAAAGAUGUUUUAGCGAAAAAGAUAGUAAGUCAAGGAGAAACACUUGUUUCAAGCAAACCAAAAAUGGCAUUUGCCAUAGCUGCAAUAAUCGUAGCUCUUUGGAACGAUCAUAGCGAUUUUGGUGAACUACUUUUAGCACAUUUUCACAAAAUUUGUCCGUUUACGGUUCCUGUAUUCAUGCCGAAAAAAGAAGGACAAACUAAUGAAGAAUAUUACAAGUCAUUGGGUUAUAAAUAUUCUGAAAAUGGAAAUGUAGAAAAGCAAGAUAAAUUUUUGAAAAGAAUGUCUGGAUUAAUGAGAUUGUAUAUUUCUAUAACUGUAACAUCGCAAAGAAAAGGAAUUACAAAGAAACAUCCUUAUGGAUUACGGCAUACCUGGAGGUGGCUUGCAGCUAUAUUAAAUAGUGAAUCUCAACCGAACACAUCAGAUCUUCGUGCGACUCUUAUUUUGGAUGUAUUAGAAGUUGCAGGAAAUUCACUUUGGAGUGUUUAUCCUAAACAAUUCCAAAAAAUGUUAAUGUUAUUAGCUAAUGAAUAUUAUCCUCGUAUGCAAAACACGGAUGGUAUUGGUGGUGGACCUUUAGUACGUUUAGAGGAAUUUUUAAAAAACACAUUAGCUAGGGGUUCUAUACCACCUCCAGAUGGGUAUCUUGCUCCGAAUUUUUGGUAACUUUUUAUAGAUAAAUUUGUUUUGCGUGAUUCUUGUGCAUUGUACGUAUCAUAAUUUGUAUUUAAAAAACAAAACAAAAAAAAAACAAAAA